ACUGUGCGAGAAGCUAAUCAAACAUAACCUAGCAUUCUUCGCAUAAAAACAGCUCCUCAAAUAUAGCGAGCAUAGCUCAGCUCUUCUUGCCAAUAUUUUGUUUAGUUAAAGUUUAAUUUUUGAAGAAAUGCAAAGUGAGAAAAAUGGAAUCUAGUGAUAUACUUGAUUGUGUAGAAGUCAAAGACGAGCCUAUUGAUGAAUUUCUCAUUGAAAAUAACUAUGAAGUUUUUGAUGAGGUACCUGAUCAUAAAAACCUCCGAAUCAUAUCAUUGUCGCAAGAAAAUUCAACACAUACUCUUAGGAAAUGUGACGUCAAACACGUAUCUGAAAGUGAUGGAACAAAAAUAGUUUUUCAAUGUGAAGACGUGAAGCCCACAUUGAAUAUAUUAGCAGUUAAAAAAAUUGACGAUGAUAUUGGAAACAUAAUUAAAAUAGAGCCUGCAAGAGAUGUGAAAGAAGAAAUUUUUAGCGAUGCUGCAGAAGGAUUGAAUUUGAAUGUUGAUUAUGAACUCAAUAACGAUGUGAAAUUAAUUUUUGAAUGUCAAAAUAUGAAACCUGUUAAUCUAUUGUCUGUAAGUAAAAAUGAUGAUCAUUCGUCAAAUUAUUUCCAAAAUGUAAAAGAUAGCGAUGAUUAUAAAACUCAAAACAAAAUUAAAUUAGAACCUGACGGUGAAAUGAAGCAGGAAUUUUUUGGUAAUGUCGCAAAGGAAUUAAGUUUGAUUUCCGACUGUGGACUCAGUAAUAAAAAUAAUAUCAAAAGAAACAAAAAAUGUAAUAACGAAAAUAGACUCAAAACACCACUCGAUAUGGCGCAGAAGGGUGUCAAACAUACAUGUGAUAUUUGCCAAAGGAAAUUAUCAACGAAGGCGAACCUCCAAAUGCACAUCGAUAUGGUGCAUAAAGGUAUCAAGUAUACAUGUGAUAUUUGCCAAAAGAAAUUCUCAACGAAGGCAUACCUCCAAAGGCAUUAUGAUUCAGUACAUAACGGUAUCAGGCAUACAUGUGAUAUUUGUGGAAAGAUAUUUUCCCAAAAAGGUAGUCUCAAAACUCACAUUAAUGUGGUGCACAAUAAUGUCACACAAACAUGUGAUAUUUGCCAAAAGAAAUUCUCAACGAAGGCGAACCUCCAAAUGCACAUUAAUAUAGUGCACAAUCGUAUCAGGCAUACAUGUGAUAUUUGCCAAAAGAAAUUCUCAACGAAGGCGUACCUCCAAAUGCACACCGAUAUGGUGCAUAACGGUAUCAGGCAUACGUGUGAUAUUUGUGGAAAGAUAUUUUCACAAAAAAGUAGUCUCAAAAAUCACAUUCAGUCGAUGCAUAAUAAUGUCACACAAACAUGUUGUAAUAUUUGCCAAAAGAAAUUCUCAACGAAGGCGAACCUCCAAAUGCACAUUAAUAUAGUGCAUAACCGUAUCAGGCAUACAUGUGAUAUUUGCCAAAAGAAAUUCUCAAAGAAGGCGUACCUUCAAAUGCACUAUGAUUCAGUACAUUACGGUAUCAAGCAUACAUGUGAUAUUUGCCAAAAGAAAUUCUCAACGAAGGCAUACCUCCAAAUGCACUAUAAUUCAGUACAUAACGGUAUCAGGCAUACAUGUGAUAUUUGUGGAAAGAUAUUUUCGCAAAAAAGUAGUCUCAAAACUCACAUUCAUGCGGUGCAUAAUAAUGUCAAACAAACAUGUGAUAUUUGCCAAAAGAAAUUCUCAACGAAGGCGUACCUCCGAAUGCACAUCAAUGUAGUGCAUAAUGGUAUCAGUCAUACAUGUGAUAUUUGCCAAAAGAAAUUUUCAAAGAAGGCGUACCUUCAAAUGCACUAUGAUUCAGUACAUUACGGUAUCAAGCAUACAUGUGAUAUUUGCCAAAAGAAAUUCUCAACGAAGGCGUACCUCCGAAUGCACAUCAAUGUAGUGCAUAAUGGUAUCAGUCAUACAUGUGAUAUUUGCCAAAAGAAAUUCUCAUGGAAGGCGUACCUCCAAAUGCACUAUGAUUCAGUGCAUAACGGUAUCAUGGAUACGUGUGAUAUUUGAGGAAAGAUAUUUUCACAAAAAAGUAAUCUCAAAACUCACAUUAAUGCGGUGCAUGAUGAUGUCACACAAACAUGUGAUAUUUGCCAAAAGAAAUUCUCAACGAAGGCGUACCUUCAAAUGCACAUUAAUAAAUCGCAUAACCCUAUCAGAUGUACAUGUGAUAUUUGCAGAGAGAUAUCUUCACAAAAAUUUAGUCUCAAAAGUCACCUUGAUGUGGUGCACAAAGUUAUUAAAUACGCAUGUGAUGUUUGCGGAAAGAAAUUCCGAAUUAAAAGUAGUCUCAUAAUCCAUGUUGAUCAAGUGCACAAUGGUAUCAAGUAUGAAUGCAAUAUGUGCGGAAAAAAAUAUGCACAAAAAUAUUAUCUUAAACUCCACAUUAAUGCGAAGCAUAUGGGUUUAAAAAACGCAUGUGAUCUUUGCGGGAAGAUAUACGUAUCAAAGCGUAAUCUUAAA